AUGCGACUCAUUAAGCGUCGCGCACCCAUCACGCUGGUGUUGCCGUCGUUCCCCUUCAAGUCGCCGAACUCGGCCGACAAAGUGCUGGGCAAGCUGCCAGACCGCGCAGAAGAGCUGUCCUUGGCUCGGCUCGAGCGCUUCUGCUGUCAGGUGGAGGAAGCAUAUCCUCCAGGAUGCAAGAUGGUCAUCUUCAGCGACGGUCGUGUCUUCAACGACCUGCUUGGCGUGAGUCUGAGUGACCUGCGUGCAUUUGAGGACGAGCUGCAGAAGAUGGUGGAGGAGGCCGGCCACACGCACAUUUCCUUCGACUCGAUGGACAAUUACGUGAAGAACGUGGCCGACCCGAUUCCCGAGAUCCUCGAGCGCUUCAACGUGCUCCACAUGGACUUCGACGCGCGCAUCAAGACGGAGCCUGCCAUCCGCAACACGUACUGCUCCUUCUGCAAGUUCCUCGAGCGGGACUUGGCGCCCCAGUGGGUGGGCAUGUCGCGAACGGCCAUGAAGCGAAGCUGCAGCAAGAUCGCCAAGCAAAUGAUGCACCGCAACGUCGGCUUUUCCGCCUUGGUGGACGACUCGUACCCGGAUGCACUACGUAUUUCCAUUCACCAGUACAACAAUGCCGGCCCUAAGUUCGGCAUCCAUCUCAUCCCGCAGAAGUCUGGCAAGCCUCGCACCCCCUGGCACUCGGCCAUCUGCGAGGAUAUCGAUGGGACCCCGCACACAGUUGAUCUCAAGGACGUGGACGAGGACAAGUACGACCUCGUCUACAAGCACGGCCGCAUGUGGGGGUUCGUCGAGAGACCUCCGUGCACGCCCGAAGAACUCGCACAAUGGGCCCCGCUGCACGUCGAGCUCGUCCGCACCAAAAUGUUCAUCAUCGCGCGCGCCAUGGAGGGAUUCCCGGCUCCGUCCAUCAUGGACGUGCCGCGCGAGGCCAUCCGCAGCCUCGUGCUCAAGUACGGCGUGGUGACGCUGCGCGGAUUCAAGCAGGACGACGACUUCGAGACGGCCACGGAGCGCUGGGGCGACGUGCUGCAGUGGCCCAAGGGCACGUUCGCGGCGGGCAACAUCUUCGACAUCAAGACGGAGCCUGGCACCGCAUUGCCCGCGCAGACGCUCGAGGCCAUGUCGUUCCACUACGACGGCAUGUUCAAGAAGAAGACACCCGACGCCACGGAGCUGGGCGAUGCGCCCGUGUUCAUGUUUUUCCACUGUGUCGAGGCGGCACCGCCCGAGGACGACCCGAAGCACGGUAACACCAUCAUCACGGACACGCGCCGCCUGUUGUCGUCGCUGCCCGAGUCGACGGUGGAGCGUCUCAAGAAGAUCUCGCUGCAGUAUUGCACGUCGCUCUUCAAGCAGCAAGAGUUUGUGCACACGUCUCCCGUGGUGGUGACGCACCCGAUGACAGGUGAGCUGGCGCUGCGGUAUCACGAGCCGUGGGGGCCCGAGAAGACCAAGAUGCACCCAACGUACGUGAAGUCGGUGGGCUUUGACCCGAAGUCGAACGACAAGGACGAGGACGCCGACUUCGUCACGGAGACACUACGGCAGCGCCUGUACUCGGAGGAGUUCGCUCACUGGCACCAGUGGGUGAAGGGCGAGUUCGUGGUCAUGGACAACAUCUCGCAACUGCACGCGCGCACGAAGCUGGGUAUGGGCGGCCGCCACAUGCGCCGCAUCCACUUUAACUGA